CAAGAAUAGGAGCUAUACAUAGUCUUAUUUUUGGUGGAUUUGCUUCAAAAGAGCUUUCUAGUCGCAUUGAUCAUGCCAAGGUAAUAUUCAUCAAUUACAGUGUUGAAAAGAAAGAAUUCCAACUGCUUCUGCACUAGUGCUUGCCUGCUUUGCAGAUGAUUAUGUUGUGGCUAAAUCUUGUUUUUCUCUAGACUAUCAGUAUUCUGAAAGUAUAGUUUAAAGCCCAAACUGGUUGUAACAUCCACAUUUGGAAUAGAACCUGGAAGAAAAGUGGAAUAUGUGCCACUUCUAGAGAAAGCCUUGGAGAUGAUCAGUCAUCAACCAGAAAGAGUUCUGAUUUAUAGCCGCCCUAAUAUGGGAGCUGUUCCUCUUAAGCCAGGACGUGAUUUGGACUGGAAUGAAGAAGUGGCCAAAGCAAAGCCAUGUGACGCUGUUCCUGUACAUUCAGAUCAUCCACUUUAUAUUCUUUAUACAUCAGGAACUACUGGUACACCCAAGGGUGUUGUCAGACCAACAGGUGGCUAUGCAGUCAUGCUAAAUUGGACCAUGUCAGCUGUAUAUGGACUUAAGCCUAAAGAGGUCUGGUGGGCUGCAUCUGAUUUAGGCUGGGUGGUUGGUCAUUCUUACAUUUGCUAUGGACCUCUUCUGCAUGGGAAUACAACAGUUUUAUAUGAGGGAAAACCUGUAGGAACUCCAGAUGCAGGUGCUUUUUUCCGUGUGCUGUCAGAAUAUGGAGUAGUGGCUCUUUUUACUGCACCAACUGCAAUUAGAGCAAUACGUCAACAGGACCCCGAGGCUGUCCUGGGGAAACGGUACAAUUUGACAAGGUUUCGAACGUUAUUUGUAGCUGGUGAACGCUGUGAUGUGGAUACAUUAGAAUGGUGCAAACAAAUUUUCAAGGUACCAGUUUUGGAUCAUUGGUGGCAAACUGAAACAGGUUCUCCAAUAACAGCUUCUUGCGUUGGUUUAGGAAACUCACUAACUCCUCCUCCAGGACAGACAGGAAAGUUGGUACCAGGAUACAAUGUUGUGAUUCUGGAUGACUUCAAGCAACCUGUAAAAGUGAAGACUCUGGGAAACAUAGUGGUGAAGUUGCCUUUGCCACCAGGAGCCUUUUUAAGCCUUUGGAAAAAUGAAGAGCUUUAUAAAGAAUUAUAUUUCCAAAAAUUUCCGGGAUAUUAUGACACUAUGGAUGCAGGUUAUAUGGAUGAAGAAGGCUAUCUAUAUGUCAUGUCUCGUGUGGAUGAUGUGAUAAAUGUUGCAGGCCAUAGAAUUUCAGCAGGUGCAAUUGAAGAGGCUGUUCUCUCCCACAUGGCUGUGGCAGACUGUGCAGUUGUUGGCCAAGAGGAUCGACUAAAGGGCCAUGUUCCUAUAGCAUUGUGUGUCCUGAGAAAUGGAAUUGAUAUUAAAGAGGAACAACUUUUAGAAGAAAUCGUUGCACGAGUUAGAGAAGAUAUCGGUCCUGUGGCAGCAUUUCGGAAAGCAGUAUUUGUGAAACAAAUACCAAAAACUCGCUCUGGCAAGAUACCACGAUCAGCUCUUGCUUCUCUUGUGAAUGGGAAGCCAUACAAGAUAACCCCAACUAUUGAGGAUCCUGCUGCGUUUAAACAUGUAGAAGAAGUAUUAAAAGAAUUAAAAUAAGAUUUAACAACCAGUAAAAUGUACAGAAGACCUGCAUUACUUAAUUUUGUUAUAUCAGAAAUAUAAGUAAAAAUGUUUAUUUUAUUUCUGUAAAUGUGUUACUGAAUCUUAGUCACAGUAACAAGUAAUAUUCAGUUGGCAGUGUGAAUUCUACAGUGAGCUACUUAGAUGAUUUAAUUUUUUUAUGGUAAUUAGAAUUGUAUGAACAAAUAUUUGUAAUAUACAUAUUGUUCUUAAAUAUAGUGCAACAGAUGACAUAAUUUAAAUCCUGUUAAAAUUGUGUUGGUUUCUUUCAAUGCCAGGACAAAAUUUAAUCUUAGUCCUUAAAAGUUUGCUUUGUGUGAAACACCCAUACUUAUAUUGAAGUUUUUUAAGUAGCUCAACGUUGGUAGCUAAAAUUUGUUGUAAUUUUAACAUAGAGAUUUAAACUCUAUGUUAAAGAAAAACUCUAUGUAAUAAAGAAAAGAAAAUGAUUGCUAAUGGUGUUAAUGAUUUAGGUAUUAGCAAAACCCUGUAAUUCAGGUCUACUAGUGGAUACAGUGGAUGCAAAUGUUUCUGGGCUAUGGUAAAAACUCAGUUCAAACUACCUGGGUAGAGCUAAGCUACUUUAUUUUUCACAAAUACUAACAGAGAAGUUGGGGAACAUAAAGUGCCAGGAAGAAUUGGGCUGCUCAAGUAUGUUCUUUGUGAUUGCUGAAACAGCCCAAUUGAUUUUUUUAAAAAAAACAUUUACAUGGUAGAAUCCUUUAAGAAAUCCUUUAAAGCAGGAUUUGAGUGUCAGCCUAUGAAGUUAGUCCCGACAAGAAAACCAAAACAAGAAUCCUGCAAGUCUGAAAAUGUCCAUCCCCCAUUGGCCUUUUUUAUCUCAGAGAAUUAGGGAGGGUCAGUUUUGAGAUGUUUCCUCCAUUCGUGCUUUGGACUCAGAUUUCUCGUCAGACCAUUGUCUAGGCUCGUGAUGGUGAACCUAUGGCACAUGUGCCAGAUGUGGCACACAGUCCUCUCUGUGGGCAUGCACACCAUUGCCCCAGCUCAGCCCCCUGGUCAUGGGUUUCUGACACAUGCAUGCGUGCCAGCCAGCUGGUCGUCGGGUUUCCCACGUGCGCAUGCCUGCCAGCUAGCUGGUUGAUGGGUUUCUGAGGUGUACAUGCAUGCUGGCCAGCUGGUCGUUGGGUUUCUGGCGCUCUGUUGCACGUGCCUUGUGGUUUGGACACACUGUGCCUAAAAGGUUUGUCAUCACUGGUCUAGGGUCUUCUUCCUCCUCUCUAAGUUUUUCUCAUAGCCCAUUAUGGUAAUUGUGGCUGUGUACUUUGCCACAAGUGAUGAAUACAAGUUUAAGGAAGAAAAAUAUAUAUAUCAUAUUCAGAAUGGCCAGAUAGUUAAGGUAAAUAAUAAUUUGUAGCCACAUAACAAUUCCCAGUAGGAACCAAGCCAAAAAAGGAUCAUAUAGUUCAGAAAGAUUGCCCCCUAGUGUUAUAACUUUGAGAGAUGUAGUCUUUAAAAUUGUGCUGUGUUUUCUAAUACCCAAAUUAUUUUAAAAGACUGUUACACCUUUUUAUAAACUGGCAUUUGGGGCUUUAACCACUUGGCAGUCAUGGGAAUAAUCUUUGUAUACGUUUGAUCAUUCUACACAGGGUUGCUACCCAUAAUAUGAUAAUGAAUUUGGGUAAAGCUAGAGUAGGGUGACCAGGGGGGAGUAUUUAAUGUAGUUGAAGCGUUCUGUUACUGUAAUACCUGAAAGCAUUUUCUUGCACCUAUCCGCACCCCUAUCUGUAGCUUUAAAUGUGAAAGGCAGAGAAACACCCCAACAGUGUUUAUUUGAGAAGGAAGGACAAACACCAUAUCUAUGAGUAAUUUGUUGGGGUCUCUCAGAUAAUGAGGACAUUUGAGAGGGGAUGAAAAUAGCUUUCUCUUUCAUUCUGACAUCCUCUUAUGCUUUAUCCUUGUCCUACUUAGAAAGGUGCUAGAAAACAGAUGGUAUUCAUGAAUUGUCUAUUUACUUGCAAAUUGAGGGUUGAGGAUUGUUCAACCUGCUUAUGUGGAAAUCAGUAAAAUGUUUAAUUGAAAAUAAAUUUGAGUAAAUCUUU